CGUCCUAUCUCCUCUCAUCUCAACCCAUCCCGUCCUAUCUCCUCUCAUCUCAACCCAUCCCGUCCUAUCUCCUCUCAUCUUCACCCAUCCCAUCCCAUCUCCUCCCAUCUCCACCCAUCCCGUCCUAUCUCCUCUCAUCUCAACCCAUCCCGUCCUAUCUCCUCUCAUCUCCACCCAUCCCAUCCCAUCUCCUCGCAUCUCCAACCCUCCCAUCUCCUCCCACCUCCACCCAUCCCGUCCUAUCUCCUCUCAUCUCCACCCAUCCCGUCCUAUCUCCUCUCAUCUCCGCCCAUCCCAUCCCAUCUCCUCUCAUCUCCACCCAUCCCGUCCUAUCUCCUCCCAUCUCCUCCCAUCUCCACCCAUCCCGUCCUAUCUCCUCUCAUCUCAACCCAUCCCGUCCUAUCUCCUCUCAUCUCCAGCCAUCCCGUCCAAUCUCCUCUCAUCUCCACCCAUCCCAUCCCAUCUCCUCCCAUCUCCACCCAUCCCAUCACAUCCCCUCCCAUCUCCACUUAACCCGUCCUAUCUCCUCUCAUCUCCUCCCAUCCCAUCCUAUCUCCUCCCAUCUCCACCCACCCUGUCCUAUCUCCUCUCAUCCCCACCCAUCCCAUCCCAUCUCCUCUCAUCUCCACCCAUCCCGUCCUUUCUCCUCUCAUCUCCACCCAUCCCAUCCCAUGUCCUCCCAUCUCCACCCGUCCCAUCCCAUCUCCUCUCAUCUCCAACCAUCCCGUCCUUUCUCCCAUCUCCACCCAUCCCGUCCUAUCUCCUCCCAUCUCCACUCAUCCUGUCCUAUCUCCUCUCAUCUCCACCCAUCCCGUCCUAUCUCCUCUCUUCUCCGCCCAUCCCAUCCCAUCUCCUCUCAUCUCCACCCAUCCCAUCCCAUCUCCUCCCAUCUCCAACCCUCCCAUCUCCUCCCAUCUCCACCCAUCCCGUCCUAUCUCCUCUCAUCUCAACCCAUCCCGUCCUAUCUCCUCUCAUCUCCACCCAUCCCAUCCCAUCUCCUCGCAUCUCCUACCCUCCCAUCUCCUCCCACCUCCACCCAUCCCGUCCUAUCUCCUCCCAUCUCCACCCAUCCCAUCCUAUAUCCUCUCAUCUCCACUCAUCCCGUCCUAUCUCCUCUCAUCUCCACCCAUCCCAUCCCAUCUCUCAUCUCCACCGAUCCCGUCCCAUCUCCACCCAUCUCCACCCAUCCCAUCCCAUCUCCUCCCAUCUCCACCCAUCCCUCCCAUCUCCUCUCAGCUCCACCCAUCCCGUCCUAUCUCCCCUCAUCUCCACCCAUCCCAUCCCAUCACCUCCCAUCUCCACCCAUCCCGUCCUAUCUCCUCCCAUCUCCACCCAUCCCAUCCCAUCUCCUCCCAUCUCCACCCAUCCCAUCCCAUCUCCUCCCAUCUCCACCCAUCCCAUCCUAUCUCCUCCCAUCUCCACCCAUCCCAUCCCAUCACCUCCCAUCUCCACUCAUCCCGUCCUAUCUCCUCUCAUCUUCACCCAUCCCAUCCCAUCUCCUCCCAUCUCCACCUAUCCCGUCCUAUCUCCUCUCAUCUCCACCCAUCCCGUCCUAUCUCCUCUCAUCUCCACCCAUCCCAUCCCAUCACCUCCCAUCUCCACCCAUCCCGUCCUAUCUCCUCGCAUCUCCACCCAUCCCAUCCCAUCCCCUCCCAUCUCCACCCAUCCCGUCCUAUCUCCUCUCAUCUCCACCCAUCCCGUCCAAUCUCCUCUCAUCUCCACCCAUCCCAUCCCAUCUCCUCCCAUCUCCACCCAUCCCAUCACAUCCCCUCCCAUCUCCACUUAACCCGUCCUAUCUCCUCUCAUCUCCACCCAUCCCAUCCUAUCUCCUCCCAUCUCCACCCACCCUGUCCUAUCUCCUCUCAUCCCCACCCAUCCCAUCCCAUCUCCUCUCAUCUCCACCCAUCCCGUCCUUUCUCCUCUCAUCUCCACCCAUCCCAUCCCAUGUCCUCCCAUCUCCACCCGUCCCAUCCCAUCUCCUCUCAUCUCCAACCAUCCCGUCCUAUCUCCUCCCAUCUCCACCCAUCCCGUCCUAUCUCCUCCCAUCUCCACCCAUCCCAUCCCAUCUCCUCCCAUAUCCACCCAUCCCAUCCUAUCUCCUCCCAUCUCCACUCAUCCCGUCCUAUCUCCUCUCAUCUUCACCCAUCCCAUCCUAUCUCCUCUCAUCUCCACACAUCCCAUCCCAUCUCCUUCCAUCUCAACCCAUCCCGUCCUAUCUCCUCUCAUCUCCACCCAUCCCGUCCUAUCUCCUCUCAUCUCCAUCCAUCCCGCCCUAUCUCCUCCCAUCUCCACCCAUCCCGUCCUAUCGCCUCCCAUCUCCACCCACCCCGUCCUAUCUCCUCACAUCUCCACCCAUCCCGUCCUAUCUCCUCUCAUCUCCACCCAUCCCAUCCCAUCUCCUCCCAUCUCCACCCAUCCCGUCCUAUCUCCUCUCAUCUCCACCCAUCCCGUCCAAUCUCCUCUCAUCUCCACCCAUCCCAUCCCAUCUCCUCCCAUCUCCACCCAUCCCAUCACAUCCCCUCCCAUCUCCACUUAACCCGUCCUAUCUCCUCUCAUCUCCUCCCAUCCCAUCCUAUCUCCUCCCAUCUCCACCCACCCUGUCCUAUCUCCUCUCAUCCCCACCCAUCCCAUCCCAUCUCCUCUCAUCUCCACCCAUCCCGUCCUUUCUCCUCUCAUCUCCACCCAUCCCAUCCCAUGUCCUCCCAUCUCCACCCGUCCCAUCCCAUCUCCUCUCAUCUCCAACCAUCCCGUCCUUUCUCCCAUCUCCACCCAUCCCGUCCUAUCUCCUCCCAUCUCCACUCAUCCUGUCCUAUCUCCUCUCAUCUCCACCCAUCCCGUCCUAUCUCCUCUCUUCUCCGCCCAUCCCAUCCCAUCUCCUCUCAUCUCCACCCAUCCCAUCCCAUCUCCUCCCAUCUCCAACCCUCCCAUCUCCUCCCAUCUCCACCCAUCCCGUCCUAUCUCCUCUCAUCUCAACCCAUCCCGUCCUAUCUCCUCUCAUCUCCACCCAUCCCAUCCCAUCUCCUCGCAUCUCCAACCCUCCCAUCUCCUCCCACCUCCACCCAUCCCGUCCUAUCUCCUCUCAUCUCCACCCAUCCCGUCCUAUCUCCUCUCAUCUCCGCCCAUCCCAUCCCAUCUCCUCUCAUCUCCACCCAUCCCGUCCUAUCUCCUCCCAUCUCCACCCAUCCCGUCCUAUCUCCUCUCAUCUCAACCCAUCCCGUCCUAUCUCCUCUCAUCUCCAGCCAUCCCAUCCCAUCUCCUCCCAUCUCCAACCCUCCCAUCUCCUCCCACCUCCACCCAUCCCGUCCUAUCUCCUCCCAUCUCCACCCAUCCCAUCCUAUCUCCUCUCAUCUCCACUCAUCCCGUCCUAUCUCCUCUCAUCUCCACCCAUCCCGUCCUAUCUCCUCUCAUCUCCACCCAUCCCAUCCCAUCUCUCAUCUCCACCCAUCCCGUCCCAUCUCCACCCAUCUCCACCCAUCCCAUCCCAUCUCCUCCCAUCUCCACCCAUCCCGUCCUAUCUCCUCUCAUCUUCACCCAUCCCGUCCCUUCUCCUCUCAUCUGCACCCAUCCAGUCCCAUCUCCUCUCAGCUCCACCCAUCCCGUCCUAUCUCCCCUCAUCUCCACCCAUCCCAUCCCAUCACCUCCCAUCUCCACCCAUCCCGUCCUAUCUCCUCCCAUCUCCACCCAUCCCAUCCCAUCUCCUCCCAUCUCCACCCAUCCCAUCCCAUCUCCUCCCAUCUCCACCCAUCCCAUCCUAUCUCCUCCCAUCUCCACCCAUCCCAUCCCAUCACCUCCCAUCUCCACUCAUCCCGUCCUAUCUCCUCUCAUCUUCACCCAUCCCGUCCCUUCUCCUCUCAUCUCCACCCAUCCAGUCCUAUCUCCUCUCAUCUCCACCCAUCCCGUCCUAUCUCCUCUCAUCUCCACCCAUCCCGUCCUAUCUCCUCUCAUCUCCAUCCAUCCCGCCCUAUCUCCUCCCAUCUCCACCCAUCCCGUCCUAUCUCCUCUCAUCUCCACCCAUCCCGUCCUAUCUCCUCUCAUCUCAACCCAUCCCAUCCCAUCACCUCCCAUCUCCACCCAUCCCGUCCUAUCUCCUCCCAUCUCCACCCAUCCCAUCCCAUCUCCUCCCAUCUCCACCCAUCCCAUCCCAUCUCCUCCCAUCUCCACCCAUCCCAUCCUAUCUCCUCCCAUCUCCACCCAUCCCAUCCCAUCACCUCCCAUCUCCACUCAUCCCGUCCUAUCUCCUCUCAUCUUCACCCAUCCCGUCCCUUCUCCUCUCAUCUCCACCCAUCCCGUCCUAUCUCCUCUCAUCUCCAUCCAUCCCGUCCUAUCGCCUCCCAUCUCCACCCACCCCGUCCUAUCUCCUCUCAUCUCAACCCAUCCCGUCCUAUCUCCUCUCAUCUCCACCCAUCCCAUCCCAUCUCCUCCCAUCUCCACCCAUCCCGUCCUAUCUCCUCUCAUCUCCACCCAUCCCGUCCUAUCUCCUCUCAUCUCCACCCAUCCCAUCCCAUCUCCUCCCAUCUCCACCCAUCCCAUCACAUCUCCUCCCAUCUCCACUUAACCCGUCCUAUCUCCUCUCAUCUCCACCCAUCCCUCCUAUCUCCUCUCAUCUCCACCCAUCACGUCCUAUCUCUUCUCAUCUCCACCCAUCCCAUCCCAUCUCCUCCCAUCUCCACCCAUCCCGUCCCAUCUCCUCUCAUCUCCACCCAUCCCGUCCUAUCUCCUCUCAUCUCCACCCAUCCCAUCCCAUCUCCUCUCAUCUCCACCCAUCCCAUCCCAUCUCCUCCCAUCUCCACCCAUCCCAUCCCAUCUCCUCUCAUCUCCACUCAUCCCGUCCUAUCUCCUCUCAUCUCCACCCAUCCCGUCCUAUCUCCUCUGUUGGACUUGGGGCGAUAGUUUCUGGCUAUUCGCUAGGUCCCCAAGAACACAGCGGAAACUCCAAACUGGAUCUGAGAAGUGUAGGAGAGCUGGGUGCUCUUCAGCUUUAGAGUUCAAACAGUGAAUUGCACUCCAAAAAGUGGUUACAGACGAAAAACAGAACAAGAACAUAUAAGCAUGCAGAAAUGUAAAGGGCGACUCGUGUAACGCGUCGCGUGCGUUUCAUCGAAUCUUGGUCGGAACCGAUUUCUGUAACCGACACUGUCGGUGACACCGACCCUGUGACAUUCCGCUGAAUACGACCUGAGUUUGGUUGGACAUUUCUGGCUGUACUGAACUCUCUCGACGUUCUCUCUUCCCUGGUUCCUCCGUCCAUCUGUUUUUUCUCCAUCUUCCAACCCUAAUCUUACCCGUACGUUCUACCGUCCCUUAUAUCUCAACCAACUUAGAUCUGUCUUAGUAUUCCACCAAAACUUCGCCUUAUGACCGACUUUUCGUGUGCAAACGUCGGUGCAGCGGUGAACCACUCUUACAUUCUCCCCUGUGGUUUGCCGCCUGCAAAUUUUAGAUCCACGAACCUUUUUUAACCCAGUCAACUUGCUUUGAAUCGCUCCAGCUGUCCGAAGUCUCCUGUUUUUAUCUUGAAAAUCCAUUUGACGCCGACUGCACGCCUCCCUUCAGGCAUUUGUGCAAGUUUCCACGUCCCUCUUUCAGCUAGAGUGUCUAACUCCUCUUGAAUGGCCGCUUUCCACGGCUCCUUUUGAGGGCCGGACAAUGCUUCCUCAAUUGUCAUGGGCUCAUGAGGUAGUUUGUACUUUUCCCUCAUCGUUUUGGAGACGAGCGCUGUUGUCGUGGUGGCGAGUUGCAGAUGCGUGUGGACAUCCUUGCAGCACGUCAAUAGAAGAAGUGCAUAUUUUGGAUUUGGCUUCUUAGUCCGCUUCCCUCUGCCCAACUCGUCCCCAAUGACCGAUGCUUCACUUGCGCUAUUGUCUGCUACCCCUUCUCCUUUCUCCACUGUCGUUUCCUCAUCCUCUUUUCCAAUCAGGAUUGCGCCAUCCUCUAGCAAUGCAUCAAUCUCUUCUGCCCCUUUGUCAUUGCGGCUGGUUUCAAACAGCUCCCAUGGAUCGCUGAUUCCUUUGUUGCUCACUUGGUACUUGUCAUUCUCUGCUUCAUUCCCUUGCUGUCCAGCGUCUUCCUUAGCUGCCUCCACUGUUAAUGGUGUAGAUUCAGGCUCCGCGUCAUUGUCUUUGAAGGUAGGUGUUGUCUCACGUGGCUCCCACUCCCAAUCCAUCAUCAUGUGAGGUUGGUCGUCGUUGUCCAGUUCAUUGUCUUCGCUGGCUGUGCCCAAUCCUUCAUUGUUGUUGUCGUCCAGCAGUUCUUCCACUCGUUGGGGUGUAACGGGCACUGUUUCUAUAGUUGCUGUCUUGUUUUGUCCCUUCCAGUCCAUAUGAUUGAGGUCCUCGUAGAAAACAGCGUCUCUGGUUGCCGUUACCACUCCCGUCCUUGCGUCUUUGAUUAUCCACCCUUUGCUCUCCGGGCAUAUGCCCAAGUGAACACCCCAGUGGGCCCUUGGCAGAAGCUUGUGUUCAACUCCUGCUGGUGGUUUGUACUGCGUCAUACAACCCCAUACUCGAAGAAAUUCCAGUUCGGAGAACUUUCAACAGUUUGCCACUUUGUCGUUCAGCUUCCGCCAACCAUUCGACGAAACUCGGGAACACUAAGCUGAUGUCAAUUGCUUCCACUGCUGCUGCCAUGGGGAAGAGCGGUUGCUGCAGCUCCUUUACUGGUAUCUGCUCCAACAUGGUGCAUAACUCCUCUCGCGCUCUCUUCCCUUCCUCAGAUUCAAGCUGGUAGGUAACUCUCUCUGCAGCCAUGUCCUUCUCCAGCAGCUUCAUUUCGUAGAGUCCAUGCUUCCGUGCGCCUUCUGCAACCAGUUUCCAGUCAGGGCUGAAAACCAAAAGUUUGCCGUUAUCGCUGUAGGUCUUGUAGCCGCUGCUGUCUAGUUGGGUCUGACUGAUUAAGUUGAGUGACAGCCUUUCCACGAGAAGAACGUUGUCCAUCUUCACCUCUCCAUAUGGGCUCUGUAAUAUCAGGUCUCCUUCGCCUUUUACUGAGAGCUUUCCUUCAUCUCCAAGUAGGACAUAUGGGACGCUUGAGUCGCGGUAGUUCAGCAACCAGUCCACCCGGUGCGUCAUGUGUUGUGUGCAGCCAGAAUCCAUAAACCAUGUUGUUUCCUUGCAAUCCUUUGCCAGCAUGCACAUCUUGGAGGCCCGGGCGAUAUUUGCCUUGUGGGUACCUCCCAAGAUGGCGUCUUCUUCAGCUUUUUAUGCCACAGUUGCUGUUGCUUGAGCAGGGGCUGCCAAGGCAGCUGUCUGCCUCUGCUGUUGCUGCUGCCCUCCCUUGUAAUUCUUGCCGGCAGGGUUGUAGUAGCAGUCGCAGGCCUUGUGUCCGUAUUUUCCGCAAUGGUUGCAGUUUCCGCUGAAUCCGCCUCUUGUUUUGUAUCCUUCUCCGCUUGUCCUUUCGCCGUAUUGCUGUCUGGCUGCUCCUCUGCCCUUGUAGUUUCUUCCCUUUGGGUUGUUGAAGUAGUCAAUUGCUUUGUGACCUUUCUUGCCACAGUGGUAGCAGGUCCCAACUCCUCUUAGUGCUGCUGCUGCAUUCAACAUUGCAGGUUUUUCGAGCUCCACAUCAGCUGCCAUUGCUUCCCUCCGUUUGAGGUCAGACCGAACCAGCUCCAGCGCUUGAAGAAUCUCAAGCAGCUUGGUCAUAUUUGCAGGUGUGUUGCAGGUGGAGGAACUCCUUCCUCUGUCUCCUCAUCAGGAUAGUAGAGUGGCCAGAGCUCCACCUCUCUCGCACGCCGGAUAAACUUGAGGCGCCAUGUCGAGCAGUUAACCCCACUGAAACGCUGUGCCUCACUUAGGCCAAUUGUUGGUUUGGCCACUAUGUGCCCUUGCGUUAGGGCAUCCAAGAGGGCUUGCACUUGAGUGCCUCCUGCACUCACAGAAGAGCCUGAACUUGCCUCACCAUGCUCGUUAGGCAUGAUGCAGGAAUUUAUCUAGCCCUCCUUGAGGACUUAGUGAAACGGGGCUCUGAUACCACCUGUUGGACUUGGGGCGAUAGUUUCUGGCUAUUCGCUAGGUCCCCAAGAACACAGCGGAAACUCCAAACUGGAUCUACAAAAGUGUAGGAGAGCUGGGUGCUCUUCAGCUUUAGAGUUCAAACAGUGAAUUGCACUCCAAAAAGUGGUUACAGACGAAAAACAGAACAAGAACAUAUAAGCAUGCAGAAAUGUAAAGGGCGACUCGUGUAACGCGUCGCGUGCGUUUCAUCGAAUCUUGGUCGGAACCGAUUUCUGUAACCGACACUGUCGGUGACACCGACCCUGUGACAUUCCGCCGAAUACGACCUGAGUUUGGUUGGACAUUUCUGGCUGUACUGAACUCUCUCGACGUUCUCUCUUCCCUGGUUCCUCCGUCCAUCUGUUUUUUCUCCAUCUUCCAACCCUAAUCUUACCCGUACGUUCUACCGUCCCUUAUAUCUCAACCAACUUAGAUCUGUCUUAGUAUUCCACCAAAACUUCGCCUUAUGACCGACUUUUCUCCUAUCUCCUCUCAGCUCCACCCAUCUCGUCCUAUCUCCCCUCAUCUCCACCCAUCCCAUCCCAUCUCCUCCCAUCUCCACCUAUCCCGUCCUAUCUCCUCUCAUCUCCACCCAUCCCGUCCUAUCUCCUCUCAUCUCCACCCAUCCCAUCCCAUCACCUCCCAUCUCCACCCAUCCCGUCCUAUCUCCUCCCAUCUCCACCCAUCCCAUCCCAUCUCCUCCCAUCUCCACCCAUCCCAUCCCAUCUCCUCCCAUCUCCACCCAUCCCAUCCUAUCUCCUCCCAUCUCCACUCAUCCCGUCCUAUCUCCUCUCAUCUUCACCCAUCCCGUCCCUUCUCCUCUCAUCUCCACCCAUCCAGUCCUAUCUCCUCUCAUCUCCACCCAUCCCGUCCUAUCUCCUCUCAUCUCCACCCAUCCCGUCCUAUCUCCUCUCAUCUCCACCCAUCCCGCCCUAUCUCCUCUCAUCUCCAUCCAUCCCGCCCUAUCUCCUCCCAUCUCCACCCAUCCCGUCCUAUCGCCUCCCAUCUCCACCCACCCCGUCCUAUCUCCUCUCAUCUCAACCCAUCCCGUCCUAUCUCCUCUCAUCUCCACCCAUCCCAUCCCAUCUCCUCCCAUCUCCACCCAUCCCGUCCUAUCUCCUCUCAUCUCCACCCAUCCCGUCCUAUCUCCUCUCAUCUCCACCCAUCCCAUCCCAUCUCCUCCCAUCUCCACCCAUCCCAUCACAUCUCCUCCCAUCUCCACUUAACCCGUCCUAUCUCCUCUCAUCUCCACCCAUCCCGUCCUAUCUCCUCUCAUCUCCACCCAUCCCAUCCCAUCUCCUCCCAUCUCCACCCAUCCCGUCCUAUCUCCUCCCAUCUCCACCCAUCCCGUCCUGUCUCCUCUCAUCUCCACCCAUCCCAUCCCAUCUCCUCCCAUCUCCACCCAUCCCGUCCCAUCUCCUCCCAUCUCCACCCAUCCCGUCCUAUCUCCUCUCAUCUCCACCCAUCCCAUC